AUACGUAGGCUCGUAGGCAUAAAGAGUUCUGGCAUGGGAGCUUCGCGAUUGCAAGUUCUCCGAGGAAUUUUAAGGGAGCUAAAGCUGUUAUGGCCAGUUAAGGUAAUUAAAUGGCUUUUGGAUCAUGAAAAAUCUAACAAUCGCGAUGGCGUACUUGUCUCUGAUGGCUUAGUCAGCGUGUCUGUCCUUCCCCCCAAGCAUUUGUCGUCAUGUCGGUCCCGGCGACAAGAUGACAAGGAUGAUAAAGGUUCUGAACCACUUGGAAAGGCACCUCUUCUUGAUUUGCUAUUAUCUUUAGGUGUUCUCAACAAUCCCCUAGAUCCUGAUUUUUGUAGCGUGUGCGAUAAGAAACUAUUGCUGCUUGCUUCCCCUGGGUGGGAUGGUGAGUCGCAAUGAUGUCCCCCUCUCCCCAUUGCCAGUAUAGACGGUUGAAACUGUUCACAAGCCCCCUGAAAUACAGUAAAAACCCGCAACCAAGAACCUGUUAGGCUAAAAUUUGCCAGUUAGGCCCCCCUUUAUACAAGAACCUGUUUAGCCUAAAAUGGGCGAUUGCAUUUAAUAUCCCCCCCCCCCNGAAACCUUAAUUUUGACGAAAUUCUUCAGGGGUAUGACCUAAUUCUUCAUCGGAUGAAUGCAACUUUAGCCAAUCUUCAGGGGUAAGAAGAAAAGGUAAGUCCUCAACCGGGGGAGGUAUGGAUAUUAAAAUUUUAAUAUCCAUACCUCCCCCUCUUUUGAGCCCCCACACCGCUCUCUAAUAAGCCCCCAUUUUCAGGGGAAGAAAGUUAAUAAGCCCCCCUCUGUUUUAAACCAACCCCCCUGCACCCUCCCCCUUAUCAUUCUUUAUGUUGAACGUGUUGAACUGUAUUAAUCAGUCACGACUGUGAAACUUUAUGUGGACUGAUCUGGGAUGGUUUAUUCACCAGCUGGAAGUUUGGAUUUGUUUUUGUCCCUCAGCUGCAUGACUUCCAACUUCUUGUACUUGAGCUUUUCCACUUUGUAUUCUAGUUCUUUAUGGAGACUCAUUUUCUUGCUGUAAUAAUUUUUAGGAGCCAGUCAUAUCAACAUUCGAAGGACAGUUCCUUAUUUCAGAGUAUCGUCAGUUUUCUAAGGCUGGAGAGACAGUGGCAAACAUACUUUACUAUGACAGCCUCUAUUAUUUAUGCUUGCUGAAAAGCCAGAGAGAGGCAAUGGUGAGUUGGAUCAAUUUAGAUGUCUGGGAAACUACCCACCUACCCCUCCCCUAACCCAGCAUUUUGCCCCAAGUGAGACGCAAAUUUUAACAUUGAGUUAAGGGAGGGGUCGGUGGGGAGUUUCCCAGAAACCUUAAUUGAUCUGGUGAGUUUUCUUUUUAUGGUCUUGUCAAUCAAAGUACAUGAAUUUCGUUUUUAAUCACUUGAAAGCCUUACAUCAGCAUGCAUAUUCUCGAUACUGUACCCCAUAACAUUUCCUAUGGUGGUCAUAAAAAUAUCUUUAAUAUCAAAGUGUAUUGUAGUCUUGUUGAUCAUUUUCUUUCUUGCUGAUCAUUUUCUUUUUUCUCUCAACUUCAUGUUUUUAAAGUAAGCUUUGUUGCUAUAGGGAGAAAUUGAAUGUUCUUCUCUGUCAAUUUGAGUCUUUGCGUACACAUUUAUCUUUUUUUCUCACAAUUCUCUGUGCAUGUGUUAUGAGUGAUUUUAAAAGGAUUUUUAAGCCUUUACACUUUAUUUUACAGGGUCUUUUCUUGAGAUACAAAGGAAGAGGAGAACGAUCUGUGGAGGAAACAGCUGGCUUAGUAGGUUUUAAACUUCCUAAACAGUACCAAGAUCCUUGA